CCCAGCACCCGCAACUCCCCUCUCACCAGUGCUAGUCGCGCGUCGUGUUUGACCAACGUCGCGAUGAGUGCCGCAGCCGUCUCUCCCGAGACUGCCUCUUCAUCAACUACACUCUGGGCUACCCCCUCUAAGGAAUGGGUCAUCCCAGCGAAGCCAAAGCCCGGACGGAAGCCCAAGAAGGACGUCGCUCCCGCUGUCCACGACGGUGCCGAGGUCGAUGCCAAAGGCCGACGCGUACAGAACAGGGCUGCGCAGCGUGCGUUCCGCGAGCGCAAGCAGUCGCAGCUUGCCGAGCUACAAGCUCGCGUGCAGCAAUACGAGCAGGGAGAAAUCGAGCGGAACGUCGCGCUACAAAACAUCGCGAAGCGUUUGAAAGAGGAGAACGAGAAGCUUCGCAACGAGAACACCUUUCUCAAGGAGAAGAUCGCUCAGUACGAGGCAGAGCGCUCUUCCGCCAAGAGGCCCCGAGACGAGUUCUCCCCGCGUCCGACCCACGAUCGCUCUCAGUCCCCUGUGAAGAAGAGGUCCAGAUCGUCUUUCGAUGUCCUCACCAGCAUCGUCCAGACACCAUUCACACCCGUGGCAUAUGCCUCCUCUCCUUCCGCUAUAUCUUCAGCCGACUCGGAUGCCCACUCCAGCUUCUCCCCCUUGCCAUCAUCGGCUCGUGACACGCAGCUCUUUUCUCAGAACUUUGGCUUCAACGGUAUCUUUGAAAUGGCUACGUCGGGUAAGACGAGCCUCUUUGAGCCGGGAGGUAGUCUCGAUACCUUCGACUGUGGGUUCUGCAACGAGAACACCCCCUGCGUGUGUCGGGAGCUGGCUCUCCAACAGAUCGCGGAGCGCAUGUCGAUCUCCUCUAUGAAGCUGGAGAACACAGACCACAACACUGCGCCUAUAUCCGCACCGGUCACCGCCAGCCCACCUUCCAUCCUCGACAACCUUCCAGCGUAUCAGCCCCCCGUCCCCCUGCGGCGCCGGGCACGCAAUCCCUCUCUGCAGCCCAUAUUCCCAAUCGCCAUUCCUACUCCCGAGACGCCGAAGCCUGAGGUCCCGUCCUGUACUGGAGACCCCUCGAACUGCGCUGCCUGUGCAGACGACGCGUUUGGCAAAGCGUUCUGUGCGGCCAUCAGCCAGUCCGUCUCUUCCGCAUCUCCUUGCAAGGAUUGUCCUUGUCGAUCGGAGAAUGGAGGAGGGAGUUGCUCGACAGCAACGGGUAGCACUGGAGGUUGUUGUGGGAACCCUGCCUUGUGCGGGCGGUCCAACUCUGAGCCUGGAACGUCAACAGCAGCAGCUUCUUCAGCACCGGCCUCUGCCUCUUCAGCCCAGCUCACCUCCUCCCUCCUUAUGUCCGAGGCAUUCAGCACUACGGAGACGAUGCCCUGCGAUGCAGCAUGGCGGCAGAUCAAGAACCACCCGAACGCCGCCUUCACUGACCUCUCACUUCUCGCCGAAGUCGUCGCGCGCCGCUCCAAGUGUACGGGCCCUCGCGUCGAAAUCUGUCCCGCGCCAGGCUCUGUCACUCCAGAGCGCAACCUAUCACCGGGCGUCGGGCUCACGACAGCCUUCACUCAGCAGUUCGACACCCAGUCGAUCAUCCUGACGGACCCGCACGCGCAAUACAAUGAACGGCACCGGACGCGUGGCAAUGGGACGUCGCCACCUCCAAUGCUUGUUCCACAAGAGGUAUUGGUGCAGUGCGGCCGCCAGAGGGUUCGAGAGGUGAUGGCUGAUGGAGUCCGUGACGCGCUACGUCUCCUUGAUGCGAGGUUUGCUCAGCCGUAGCCUGGUUGUAGCAAGGUGUGUCAGCUCGGUAGCAGUGUGAUGUGUACAAGCUCUACCUAGAGCUUUUUCGGAGAAAGUUUACGUACUAAGCUUAUAUCUUUUUGCUUUGCAUCCCUUCAUGUAUUCUACUCUGCCCCCAUGCAUUUCCUCAUAGAAUCUGAUACACC